UUUUUUUAUUUCAAAACCUCUAUUCUCCUCAGCUAUAUAUAUCUUUCGGAAACUGGAGUUCAAUAUCAUCUGCAAGAUACACAAGACGUGAAGUUCAAUCAUCUGAGUUUAUUUACAACAACUUGAGAAGAUGUCAAGCACCAUUGGUCAAGUCAUUCGCUGUAAAGCUGCUGUUGCAUGGGAAGCAGGGAAGCCACUAGUGAUUGAGGAAGUAGAGGUUGCUCCUCCUCAGAAAGAGGAAGUUCGUAUCAAGAUCCUCUUUACUUCUCUCUGCCACACCGAUAUUUACUUCUGGGAAGCCAAGGGACAAACCCCUGUUUUCCCUCGAAUUCUUGGACACGAAGCAGGAGGAAUUGUGGAGAGUGUUGGAGAGGGUGUGACUGAUCUGGCACCAGGCGACCAUGUUCUCCCUGUCUUCACUGGGGAAUGUAAAGAAUGUGCUCAUUGCAAAUCAGAGGAAAGCAAUAUGUGUGAUCUCCUCAGGAUCAAUACUGAUAGGGGAGUGAUGCUUAGUGAUGGAAAGUCGCGCUUUUCAAUUAAUGGAAAACCGAUACUACAUUUUGUGGGAACAUCCACGUUCAGCGAGUACACUGUCAUGCAUGUUGGCUGUGUUGCUAAGAUAAACCCUCUGGCUCCUCUCGACAAAGUUUGUGUCCUUAGCUGUGGAAUUUCAACUGGAUUGGGUUCCACUCUGAAUGUUGCGAAGCCUAAGAAAGGCUCCACAGUGGCUGUUUUUGGAUUAGGAGCUGUAGGCCUUGCGGCCGCAGAAGGAGCUAGAAUUGCUGGGGCUUCAAGAAUUAUUGGUGUUGAUCUGAAUUCAAACAGAUUUGAGUAUUCAAAGAAUUUUGGUGUGACAGAGUUUGUGAACCCAAAAGACCACAAAAAACCAGUUCAAGAGGUGAUUGCUGAAAUGACCAAUGGAGGAGUAGACAGAAGCAUCGAGUGUACCGGGCACAUUGAUGCCAUGAUUUCAGCAUUUGAAUGUGUACAUGAUGGCUGGGGUGUUGCUGUGCUAGUGGGAGUUCCGCAUAAAGAUGCUGUCUUCAAGACAAGCCCCAUGAAUCUAUUGAGUGAAAGGACUCUCAAGGGUAGUUUCUUUGGAAACUACAAACCUCGUUCGGACCUUCCAUCUGUCGUCGAGAAGUACAUGAACAAGGAACUUGAAUUGGAGAAGUUUAUCACUCAUGAAGUACCGUUUGCUGAGAUUAACAAGGCCUUCGAUCUGAUGCUGAAAGGUGAAGGCCUCCGAUGCAUCAUCCGCAUGGAAUGAUACAAUCACUUUGCACUUGAAAACAAUGGCAGGUUAUGAAGCAUCCGUGUUCAGUGUUCACAAGUACUCCCCACCAGAAUAUGCAAAAUGAUAAUAUGUGUUGAUAUGUUUUUUUUAACAGGCUUUGUCAGUUGGUGAAACUGUUAUUUUUUUGAAGUUGUCUCUGUUAUUUUACGUGUACAGUAAUAAGACGUUAUCUUUUUAUAUUA